CAAUGAGGCGGCGCCUCGCGCGCGGGGAGGGGCCGGGCGGCCUGCGCCGUUAAGAUGGCGGCGGGUGAGGAGGAAUGACACAGAAGCAGCAGAUCUGCCUGGGUUUUAUUCCUGCCUGUAACACCCACACACCCCCCCAUCAUUUUGAAAGCAGGCUGAUCAAAGGGCACAAGGAUCAGAUGAACUUCAGAACAGGCUUCCGGAGCUGUAAGCAGAAGGCACAGGGUCAGUGAGAUACAGGAUCCAACAGCAACAUGGAUGACAAUUCCCCUCAUGCCUUUGGGCUUUGUCUUUGUCAUGAAUUUAAACCUACUGUUCAUACUACAGUUCUUGGGGCCAAAAGGCUGUUGGAUUCCACAGAGCAGGUUCAGGCCCUACAGUCAGCUAAGAAAGCUUGUGUGUUGAGUCAUCACUGUAGCACUCCAGAUCCAUCAAAGACACUGCUGCUCUGUUCCCCAGAUGCUGCCUGCUUUCAGGGAUCCUCUCUUUUUUUGGAUGAUACUGGCCAUGAUGGCCUUGUUGCCAGUUCUUCUGCAACAGAAUAUGAUGAUGUAGCCAUUUCUCUAGAUACAACCAGAUGUUUUGAUGAUAGCGAGCCAGAUGACUGCUUGUUGGAACUCUCAGAUGGCGAAGAAGGGAAUUCUCCUUUCAAUUACACUGAGGAAGAGAUCCAGGAAAUCUUGGCAGAUGAUUGUGUGGAAUCUGAGCAGUACCUAAGUAGAAAAAGCACCCUGAGCCAAAAUGUAAAUGGAGAGAGUGAAAAGGAUGAGACCAGCAGCUGCCCUGGGGCAUCAGUCAUCAGUGAAGAUGCAAAUGUCACCUCAGAGAUCGAAGAGAGGCCAACUGAACCUCAGUCCAGAGAGUGUUCUUCAGUUGGCUCUGAAAGUUAUCCUAGCCUUUCAAAAGAAAGUGCUAGUUUGGAUGAGAACCAUCUGCAGUCAGCCCAAGUAACUCACUUGCUGUUUGACCUUGACAUUCAGGAGCUUCUGAGUCUUAGCCCAGUUGAUGCUGACUGUGUAGAUCAGCCUCUGGAGGACAAUUGUUUGGAGGAAGCCGAAAGAGAAGCUUCAGAAGCAAUCAUAAAUGAUUGCCUAGAGUAUGAUAAAGCUGCCAGUAGCUGUGUUCUUGAAUCCUCGGAGGGGCCGAUGUCUAACGGCCGGCAAAGCCUGAGUGUGGAUUGCUUGGGAAAGACUCCCUCUGCAAGCAGAGAUGUGUCUAACUUCUGCGGUGAUUAUGUGGAAGGAUCCAUGCCCAAUUCUGACCUUGCCUGUGACCAGAGUCCAGCUGAUGAGAGUCCAGCACCUGUGUUGCCAAGGUGUCCCACGCCAUCUUCUGGGUCCAGAAAGCAAGAGCUUUCCAAAGCAACAAAGAGCUGUUUUUCAAGGAAAUUAGACUCUCCAGAGGAUGACGAGGGGGAAUCUACAGAAGCUGAACAGCCAUCAAACAGCAUUAAAUUAAGUGAUACAGCUGUAGGCCAGAUUGUGCAGGAAAAGACAACCAGCGGGAAGAAGCCUGGCACAGUUAUUCCUGUGCCACAGGAGGAGGAAGAAAGACUGAAGCAACAGAUGUGCAUUUCAGAGGUGGAACUUAAGCAAAACAGCUUGAGAAACAUUUAUAUCCAGAGUGUGCGUAUCCAUAUGAAGAAAAAGGCAGUUCCUACACCAGAAUGCAAGACGUAUGUUCUGAGUCACAGAAAAUCAGGCAAGAGCUCCAAAUGAACAAGGCUGAAAUUUCCCAAGGUCUAACAAGAAACCUACCCAAAAGUACCGCCUUACACAGUGGGUGAGCAAGAACUUGGCCAAACACCACCAUUUCCAGAGCAUUCCUGACGACUUCCAGCGUAGCCCUGUCACAGCCUUUUCUAAUGGCUGAUUUUGCUGCGGCAGGACUGUGCUGGUUCUUAUUCUGCGUUUAGAGUUGUUCUUAAUUGUUCUGGUUUUAAGUGGUUUGUAUUUUCAUCAAUUGUUUUAUGAUCUGUUUUUAACAAGGCCAGUGGAAGUUUCUGUGUUUUGGAAACAUUUGGAACUGGUUUUGAAGUGCAAUUUCAAUGUGAUCUGGUUUGUACGGGUAACUAUGUUUUGCAUCACUGUUACCUUCUGAACUGAAAACAGCCUCCUCGCAGAGCAGGUGACGAAUGUAGUUGGUGUUCAAGAGGCAAUAUUGCAUGUUGGAUGGGAGGAUGUAAUAUUUAAAUGAUGGAAUUUGGAAAAUGUGCUUUGAAAUGGGAAAAACUUUUCUUUAAAGUUUGGGCCUAAACCUUGGCAUUAGAUCUCCUGCAGUGGUCGGGCUCCCUUUGAACAAUAUGAAGGUUUUAAAUUGUAAAAACAGCUGUGGCUGCUGUCCCCCUCCAUUUGGCAAAGGCAAAGUUGUGUUUGUUUACUGUAAACUCAGGAGCAGCUGUUGGUUUGCCUGGUUUGGUUAUGUCUUGUCGUCUUCUGUUGUCCUUCUGUCCCUGAGAAGUUUGCCUUUUUUGUUUGUUUUCACUUGCUUCAUUUGUAACUUCUCUUGUAAAAACAUUUCCUGAGGUUUUCCACUUCAGUUUAUAAAUAAUUUGCACCUGUUAGAUGUAGUUUUCUGCUGUGCUAUUGCGAGGCCCUCCUCUUCCACUUGCAUGUUUUCUGCAAUUCCCAGAAGAAUGUGACCUUGUGUUCAUUUCAGCUACACAGUCCAACAGCAACUACUGGUCUCUGUGCUGCCUCCAUCUCCUUCCCUAACAGGGCUUAGAAACUCCAAAUUAUUUGGAUGAUUUGUAAAACAGGGAAAUAGGUUGAUCUUCUGCAAAAUGCUCCUCCCAGGGGUGCCAGCAGGGCCUGCAGGGGCCUUGUGAACCCUUGAGGUAUUUAUGGUGGAUUUCAGAGAGCAAGUUGGGUUUAUUCAUGGAGGAAAUUGUACUAUAUUUUUCAGUGACACUUUUGGCUACUGUGAUUUUAAAGAAAUAAAAUUUAGGUACCGUA